GGUAGAGUAUGUACGGUACCAUUGGGGUCUCUUUUCAUCGUUUCUAUUGUCCCUUGUGUUUAACUACACCUCUAUUCUCACCUAACAUUUUAGCCUUAUCCCAUACUCCCUUGCUAAAGUGCGCACACACUCUCCUCUUUCACCUUAUCUUUCACUCACCACUCUUCUUCUUCCUCCUGUCAUCCUCUCUAUGGAUCCGUAAUAUUAACCGCCUGGAAUCUUAUUCUUACUAAAAAUAUCUCCUCGAAAUGUGAUGAUGCUUACUUCGAAACUCUGAAUCAUAUACGUAAUACGUCACCGUUAGCUUAGGGUUUUUGUUCUACGUGAUACGUAUCGUACGGUUUGAAUUUCUUCAGAGUGAGUGUUGAUGGCGGGAAGCGAUCAAAUCAACGUCUGUGAAUCGAAGAAAGUGGUUCCACUGAAUACAUGGAUCCUCAUGUCGAAUUUCAAGCUAGCUUACAAUCUUCUCAGGCGACCAGACGGCACGUUUAACCGGCACCUGGCUGAAUUCCUUGACCGGAAAGUCCCAGCCAAUGUGAACCCUGUGGAUGGGGUAUUCUCCUUCGAUAUUGUGAUUGACCGGUCAACUAAUCUUCUAUCUAGAAUCUACAGACCGGCUGCACCGGAGACCGAAGGCGGGGUACCAUUAUCGACAAGUUUCAAUCUUCUUGAGAAGCCUGUAUCGAAAUCCGACUUUGUUCCUGUUAUAAUAUUCUUCCACGGUGGUAGCUUUGCACAUUCAUCUGCAAAUAGUGCAAUCUACGACAUUCUUUGCCGCCGGCUUGCGGGUCUUUGUAAGGCGGUGGUGGUGUCUGUAAACUACCGGCGAGCCCCUGAACACCCUUAUCCCAGUGCCUAUGAUGAUGGCUGGACCGCCCUUGAAUGGGUCAACUCAAGGCCGUGGCUGCAGAGUAAAGACUCAAAAGCUCAUAUUUUCUUGGCUGGAGAUAGCUCUGGUGGUAACAUAGUACAUCAGGUCGCUUUACGAGCUGUUAAAUCUCAAAUCUGUAUUUUGGGAAACAUACUGUUGAAUCCAAUGUUUGGUGGGCAGACACGAACCGAAUCCGAGACACGUUUGGAUACUAAAUAUUUUGUAACGAUUCAAGACAGAGAUUGGUAUUGGAAGGCUUUUCUUCCCGAAGGUGAAGAUCGGGACCAUCCGGCUUGUAACCCUUUUGGGCCAAGGGGUAUAAGUCUUGAAGGGGUUAAGUUCCCGAAGAGUCUUGUGGUGGUUGCGGGUUUGGACCUGAUUCAAGACUGGCAAUUGGCAUAUGCGGAUGGGCUUAAACGGGCUGGCCAAGACGUCAAACUUCUAUUCCUAGAGAAAGCAACCAUCGGGUUCUACCUGUUGCCCAAUAACGACCACUUUCAUAUCGUGAUGGAUGAGAUAAGCAACUUUCUUGUAAGAUCGCGUGCCACUACUACUAUUACUACUGCUACUACUAAUUACUGUUGUUUUGGAUCUAUGUGUUUUUGGAUUGCAAGAAAAUGCAAGAAGAUGAAGUUGGUGUUUUGUUGUUAACUCUGUUUCAUCCUCAAGCUCAAGAUCCAGACUUUCCAACUUCUGGAUCCAAAUUCCUCAAGGUUUUUAGCAUAUAUUGUGACUGUAGCUUUGUUAUUUUACUUGCUUUUUUUAGCAUAUGUGGUGUUGAGAACUCUAUAUUAUGUGUAUACGUGUUUUAAGACCCAUAUAUAUAUGUAUAUAUAUGUUUGGUAAGUGCCGAAUUUACUCCCUUAUCGUCAUUUUAUAUAAAGCA